AUGGCUGCGUUUAAAAAUCUCCUUAUUUUUCUAACACUGAGCAUCAUAAUAAAUGUUUGUUCGGGCCAAACGGCACAAGGUGGACCGCAUACGUCACAAGGAGGUGCUCAUGAAAAUCAAGGAAGGUUACGUCGUGAAGUACUUCAAAAUGAAAACGGUAAUAUGGACCAAGCUUCAUUACAACAAAAUCCAAAAAACUGGACAACAUGCGAUAUAACAUUUUCAACAAAGAUUUCUUGUCAAGACUGCAGCACGCGUCUCAUCUGUAAGCCAAUUGGUGGCAUUUUGGUUUCUUGCAAUAAUCCGAAAAGGCCUUAUUGCAACAACGGUAUUUGCUCCGCUGUACCAAGUCUCGACUGUGUU